GGGGGAUGGGCCGGUUAUUGAUCCUGAUUCCGGGAAGGAUGAUGAUGAUGAUGAUGGGGGGGGUGCAAAGGAUGAGGAGGGAGGUAUGACGGAGCAGGAAAAGUUGGCGAGGGCGUUUGGGGAGAGGAAGAUUCGGGUUAGGUUGCAUGGGAGCCGGCUUCCUGAGAGGUAUGUGUUGAAUCUGAGGCUUACCAAGGGGGAGGACGCGGAGGGGAGGCGGAAGAGCACGAGGUCGCUUGGGAGGCCUGUGAGGAAGAAGAGGCGGGGUGGUGGGAAGCAGACGAAGAAGAAGGAAGUUGUUGAGACUAGUUCUGACGGGGAGUCUGGUGAUGAGGGGGGUGUUAAUGGGGAUGGGGAUGUCGUCCCUGAUCCGCUUGACGGCGACGGUGGUGUUGGUGAGGGAGAGGAAAAGAAGUUAUCGGCUAUGGAGAGGGAGAUUCGGGAGGUGGAGGACGAGUUUGUUAGGAGGACGAAUGCGUAUCGGGGCGCGGAGAAUAGUGUCGGGAGUGUGUAUCAGCGGCGGUGGUACCUUUCGCUUGAUCGGGAGGCGUGUGGGUUUGAGAGGAGAGGUGUUGGGAGGAAGAGGGUCUGGGUUUUGAAGGAUAGUGGCGACGUAGCUGGUGGUAAAGGAAACAAUGAGGGCGGCAAUGUUGGUGAGGUUGACGAUAGCGGGAGGCUGAGAUUUCCGUUCUACGUUCGGGGUCCUGACGUCGAGAGGAGUGUAGUGACGGGUCGGAGGGGAGAUGAGGUUUUGCGAGACGGCGGUGUUGAGGGGUUUGUGAGGAGGAAGGGGUGGAGGCCUGUUUUGAACUGAAAUACCUGAGUCCAUUCAAGGUAGUUCACGGCUUGAGACUUGGAAAUGAAGAUUGGUGCUGGCGGGUAUGGAUUUCGGAAGGUGAGCGAGGAGGAGUGAGCGGAAUUCUAAUGGGAUGGCACCGGGUCACUUCGCCCAAAGCUAAGACUUCCCACGCAAAAUGAUACUGCAUGCAGGUCCUUGGAUCCGUAGUUUGAUUGGAUUCAAGUAGCCCAAGGCCCAAAGUGGUGGGUAUGAGGCGCGCUGAUGAGGUUUAAGGUAAAGAAUCCCGGCAUAGGGGUUGAGAUUUCACACGGACUUUGAUGGAAAUUUACAACGGGAAACCGGUCCAGAAAUAGUAAAUAGCAUGACAUCACAUGGUGAAGAGGGAGCAAAGCUAAGA